AUGGCGACAGACCAGAUCACGGCUCAGCUCGAGAAGCUGUCGAUCGGCAAGCUGGAGUCCUUCCCCGGCUGCUACCCCGACGUCAACCCCGUCGAUAUCUACCGCUCCCACAUCACCUCGCUGCUGCACGACGUGACGGGCGUCGAGAAGCCCAUCAUCUACAAUGCGCUCCAAUGGACUCAAAGUUUGGACAAGGGCGACAUGGUCCUCGCUGUUCCUGCUCUCCGCAUCAAGGGCAAGAAGCCUGCCGAGCUCUGUGAGGAGUGGCUCCCCAAGUUUACCGAGUCUUCCCUGAUCGAGAAGCCCGUUCCUUUCCAGAACGGCGCAUUCCUCCAGUUCUGGUUCAAGCCCGGUCCCCUGGCGCAGAUCCUGAUUCCCCAGGUCUCCCAGCGCGGCAAGGACUUUGGCAAGAACCCCCACAACGGCCUCAAGAACCCCGAAGACGCCUCCAAGGGCAAGAAGAAGAUCAUCGUCGAGUUCUCCUCCCCGAAUAUUGCCAAGCCUUUCCAUGCGGGCCACUUGCGAAGCACCAUCAUCGGUGGUUUCAUCUCCAACCUGUACGACGGUGCCGGCUGGGAUGUCACUCGUAUCAACUACCUUGGUGACUGGGGCAAGCAGUAUGGUCUUCUGGCCCUGGGUUUCGACAGGUACGGAAGCGAGGAGGCUUUGAAGGCCGACCCCAUCAACCACUUGUACGAGGUUUACGUCAAAAUCAACGCGGCUAUGGGUGCCGAGAAGGAGUCGAUUGAAGCCAAGAAGCAGGCGGGCGAGGACAUCACCGAGCUCACCAACAAUAGUCUGGACGAGCAGGCUCGCAAGUACUUCAAGGCCAUGACUGCUGGCGACGAGGCUGCUGUCGCUCAAUGGAAGCGAUUCCGUGACCUCAGUAUCGUUCGCUACAAGGAGACAUACGCCCGUCUGAACAUCCACUUCGACGAGUACUCUGGUGAGAGCCAGGUUGCUGAGGCGGAUAUGGAGGCCGCUGCCAGGAAGCUCGAGGAGAUGAAGAUCUCCGAGGAGUCGGAAGGCGCUGUCAUUAUCGACUUCACCAAGCACGUUCCCGGCAAGGCGGGUAAGAGUCUGGAGCGUCCGAUCAUUCGCAAGAAGGACGGAACCGCUCUGUACCUUACCCGAGACAUCAGCGAAUUGCUGCACCGCGAGAAGAAGUACGGCUUUGAUCACAUGAUCUACGUUGUUGCUUCCCAGCAGGACCUGCAUCUGAAGCAGCUCUUCAAGAUUAUUGAACUGAUGGGUUACCCCGAGACCGCCAAGAAGUGCCAGCACAUCAACUUCGGCCUGGUCCUUGGAAUGAGUACUCGCAAGGGAACUGUCAAGUUCUUGGACGACAUUCUGCGCGAUGUCGGCGACAAGAUGCACGAGGUGAUGAAGAAGAACGAGUCCAAGUACGCCCAGGUCGAGAACCCUGAGGCGACUGCCGACAUUCUUGGCAUCAGCAGUGUGAUGGUCCAGGAUAUGAGCGGAAAGAGGAUCAACAACUACAAGUUCGACAUGGACGCGAUGACUUCCUUCGAGGGUGACACCGGACCGUACCUCCAGUAUGCGCACGCCCGACUCUGCUCCAUCUUCCGCAAGGCUGGCGUCCCGGAGGAAGAGAUUGCCAGCGCGGAUCUCAGCCUCUUGACAGAGAAGCAUGCCAUCGAACUCAUCCGCAUCCUCAGCCAGUACCCCGACGUGGUCCAGAACACCCUGAGGACACUGGAGCCGACUACCGUGCUUACGUACCUGUUCCGCAUGACCCACGUCGUGAGCAGCAGCUACGACCACCUGCGCAUCAUUGGUAGCGAGCGCGAGCUCAUGAAGGCUCGUCUGGCUCUGUACACUGCGGCCAGGACCGUGCUCUACAACGGCAUGCGUCUGUUGGGUCUCUCCCCGGUCGAGAGGUGA